AUCAGACGAGACAUAAACGUGACGUAAGUAGUUGCUAUCAAACAACAGUAUGGUUGACAUGAAGUGAAGGGGGAAAAAGGUUUGUAAAUCAUGUCAAAAAAGAAUGCAGAUGUCGAUUAUAACUUUUUCGACACACCUAGGGACGAUGAACAGGUUCAGGUUCAUCAUGUUCCACAUGUGAUUGUGAAAAACCGUCCACAUCAAAAAGGGGGAACAAAAAAUGGACACAUUUCUUCCUCUGGAUCUGACUCCUACACGAGUGACAGUGACAGCUUGACCGAUUCAAGUGGAAGUGAUGAUGAGACUGCAAGGAGCAAGGGGAAAACAAGUUGCAGUAAAAAUAAACCCGUAGUUGUCACAAAGAAAUAUUCAGAAUCUGGAAGUUCUAGUGCAUAUUCUUAUGGUUCAUCAGAUGAAGAUUUUGAAGAUGAGGAGAGUUCUCGUCAGAAAAAUACAAAACGUGUUUCGCCAAAGAAGACUCAGAAAACGCAGGCUUGGGAAAUUAAUGGGUCAUCAAAUAACAAUAAUGAAACAAGACCGAAAUCUGCAAAAUUCAGGAAUAGAUCAAAAGAUAAAUCUGAUUCAGACAGUGAAAUAACGGAUGUUUCACCAUUAAAUUCACCACGUUCAACACCUAGUAGAUCACAAAAACAAGGACUCAACAAUGUGCAAUAUAACUCUUCACAAACACAGUCAGGGGAUGGCGAAAUAAAACUACAAAGUGAUAAAAUUGAUCUUCGAUUGUUAAUGGAUGCUGUAUCAGAAAUAGACAAACAAGAGAGACUGAAAUCAAAUACUAGAAGAGUGAUGUUUGAACCUCCCAAUUCAAAAGGAGGACAGAAAAAUCAUUAUUCAUUUGAUAAAAGUCGCAUAUCAGACAUUGAAAAGGAGAACCAAAGACUCUUACAACAAAUAAUGCAUCAAAUAGGACCAAAACAAAAGCGACAGCAACCCAAAGUUCAACAACAAGUUCCAAGAGUUGAUAGAUUGACAUCCUCAGCAGUAAACAGGAGAAAACAACAGUCUAAAAUAGAACAAGAUAAUAUGAAAUUUCUCAAUAGAUUGCAGAAAGCCAAAGCAUCGAGGGGAUUGUCAAGGAAGGAACAGUUAGAUGAAUAUUCCAAAGCCACACUAUAUGGUGUACCGAUAGCUGCUGUGCAUGAACAGAUGGAACAAGAAAGGCUCGACUCAACUUACUUGAGAAGUGCAAGCAGUCUCACCUCAACCUUUGGAAUGACCCCAGGCAGAAGGUCAAGGCCAACAAGUGCAAAAUCUAAUGCCAGCUCAAUUCGCCCAGGAAGUGCUAAAUCUACAAUGUCUACAGCUAGCCGUGUAAGUCGUGGUAGCAGACCAGGCAGUGGUAAAUCGUACAGACCUACAGACGGUCAUCAAGCUUGGGAUGGUCGUCCAGCAUGGGACGAUAGAUUUUCAUUUUCAUAGUCACUUUUAAUAUUUAUUUCAAUCUAUUGUCAUAUUGUUCAAUGGCGCCAUUUUUCAUUUUUACAUGAACAAUUGUAAUUAAGGUGGUACCCAACACUUUAAUUAAAAUUAAUUUGACUCGUUUAAUUUUCUUGAAAAUUUGACAAAGUAUUUACUUUGACCCUUUGACAAAAAUAUAAAAAUUUGAAAAAAUUUGAACCAACCGUUUUAUCAGAAAAAUUACACUGGUUACAUAGCAGUUUGACAAACACUUAUUUUGAUCAUUGAGAGGUUUAAUAUUCCCUUAAAAACACAAUGUUAUUAAAACGUUUAGCUGAUUUUACAGAGUUAUCUCCCUGUAGUGUUAGGUACCACCUUAACUUUUUAUUUAGAUCUGAAUUACAUAUGGAAGCAUUUUGGAGAUGUGUUAAAUAUUAAAAUUGAGAAGGAAUGAAAAAAGUUAGCAAGAAAAAGCAACUUCAAUAAAUACUUGGCAAGUUAUUCAGAGUGCUUAAAAAUAAGUGUAAAGAUAUUAAAAACAGAAGGGAUUUUUUCUUUGUACAAUUUCUUAUUGUUUGAUACAAAAUUAAUGUUGAUCAGUACAUUUGUACUAGAUGACAAUCUGAAUCUGUUUAUAUUAAACAUGAUUCAGUAUUGCUAGGUUAUUGGUUUGACAGAACUGUACUAUAAAAGUCAAUGAAGUAAAACCCAUGCAUGGUCUACUUAGCAUUUACAAGAACUAGAAAACUUAUAUUUAAGAUAAGUUUAAAGACCAAUGUUAAAAUGAACAUUAAAGAAUUUGGUGCAAUUUUUGAUUCAGUACAGAAAAUUUCUUUAAAAACUUGAAGUAUCAGAAAUUCAUUAUCCAUAUAAAUAUUCAUCAUUGACUUGUCAAAUCUUGUUAAAAGAUGAGAUUUGAUUUUUAAUACACCUUCUAACAUUGAAAAGAGUAGUUUCAAUUUUGUUAUGGUCAAUACGCUAUUAUUGUUUGUAUAUAUAUUGUCUAUAUGAAGUUUGACUCAAAUUGCUCAUUGACAUUAGAUUUAGGAUUAUUUUAUUUUAGAAUGUUGGAGGUGUAUAUUGUAAUUGAUAAGUAUGUGGUAUUGUGAUAUGUUGGAUCACAAUCUAGAGAGUCCACUUUCAGCUAUCAAUAGUUGAGGGGGAAUAGGACCUUUAUUGAGACUCCGGGAUCGGAUGUUUUAAGCUCGGGAUUUCAGGAGUGACUCUAUGGGACCGAGGAUUUCUUUUUUUUUUAUUUCGGGUUGCCGGAAUUUACUUUAUUUAAAUUCGAGGCCUCAGGAUUUCGUGUUUAUAAGCCUGGGAUUUCGGGAUCAGGACCCCUCCUAUCCCCCCUCAAAGUUAUAGUUAAAUUUGGUGUAUUGUUUAUGUUAAUAACCAGUAUUUAUACAAAGAACAUGUUCCUUUUUUCAAACUAAAACUGUGAUACACUGAAAAAGCAUUUAAUAUUGAUGCAGCAUAGUAGAAUUUUUUGUGAUUAAUUGAUUUAUAAUUUGAAUAUGAAUUGAAAUUCCCAGGCGGAGUUAAAUAUUUACAUAGGGUUUGUACAAUUCAAUAAUAUUUUAGUUUUUUAUUGAUUUUGAAUUAAUAUAAUGAUGAUUGAAUAGAUUGUUAUGAAAUAUUGAUAUUUUGAAAGCAGUAAUUAUAUUAGUUAUGUCUAGUGUUAAGAAUAAGGUUAAAUGCAGCAAACAACUUUAAAAAAUAUUAAGGUUAACUGUUUUAUUGGUUAACUUUUAUUUUAUAAAGACAAAAAAAGUUUACCCUUGAGAGAAAUUAUUAUAAACAUGAUAUUGCAAAAUAAGUUUGAUGAUAGAUCUACAUAUACAAAACAGUUUGACAAACACUUAUUUUGAUCAUUGAGAAGCUCAAUAUUUGCUCAACUAUACAAUGUGAUAAAAAUGUUCAGCUGAUUUUGAUAGAGUUAUCUCCCUGUAGUGUUUUGUACAUCUUAAACAUAUACGAAUAGAGAUACAUAACCCACCCAUUUUCUUUGUAGUUAAAAUGUACCAAACAAUCUUAAUAGUUAUUUUAUAACAACUUUUUAUACAAAAUUGUCUGUUAGAAAUAUGGAUCAUUUAAGGCUUCAAAGUUAUUACAUUAAUUGUAAGAUGUUAAUGAAAAAGUUACAAAUCUUUAAAAUGUAUGCUUAGUAAAUUUUUGCCUUAUCUUGAUGAAAAUAUAAUUGGAAAUGCAAAGGAGCUUUUUCAAUCAGUAGCAUAGAAAUUUAUGUAUAUCAUUGAAAAGACAUAUAACACUUAAAAGGAGACUUAAAUAGGCAUAGAACUUACUUUUCUGAAUUGUUCAGUUUGUAUGAUGUUUAUAAAGUAAAAUGUAGAAUGGGUAUUUUGUUGUUUUAUUUGUAAACAGAAAUGUUAAUAAGAUUGAAAGAAUCUAGUGAAUCUAUUGUUCUGUCUCAGCUUGUAGAUAUUAUUAAAGAGAAAAAGACAAAA